AUGGUGAACUUCACCGUCGAAGAGAUCCGUGGUCUCAUGGACAACCCGGUCAAUAUCCGGAACAUGUCCGUCAUUGCCCAUGUCGACCAUGGCAAAUCUACCCUCACCGACUCGCUUGUCCAGCGCGCUGGUAUCAUCUCCGCCAAGAACGCUGGCGCUCAGCGAUAUACCGACACCCGACCCGACGAGCAGGAGCGUGGUGUGACGAUCAAAUCGACUGCCAUCUCCCUCUACGGCAGUCUCGUUGAUGACGAGGAUCUUAAAGACAUUCCAAUCAAGACCGAGAAGAACGACUUCUUAGUCAACCUCAUCGACUCCCCGGGCCACGUCGACUUCUCGUCUGAGGUCACGGCCGCUCUCCGUGUUACUGACGGUGCACUUGUCGUCGUGGACACCGUCGAAGGUGUGUGUGUGCAGACUGAGACCGUGCUGCGCCAGGCGCUCGGUGAGCGUAUCAAGCCUGUUGUCAUCAUCAACAAGGUUGACCGUGCUCUGCUCGAACUGCAGGUGUCGAAGGAAGAUCUGUACCAGAACUUCUCCCGUGUCAUCGAGUCUGUCAACGUGGUGAUCGCCACCUACUUUGACAAGGUUCUUGGUGACGUCCAGGUGUACCCGGACAGAGGCACAAUCGCAUUCGGCUCUGGUCUACAUGGCUGGGCUUUCACUGUCAGACAAUUUGCUUCGAGAUAUGCUAAGAAAUUCGGCGUGGACAAGAACAAGAUGAUGCAGAGGUUAUGGGGUGACAACUUCUUCAACGCCAAAACGAAGAAGUGGGUGAAGACUCCGGAAGAGGGCGUUGAGCGUGCCUUCAACCAGUUCUGUUUGGAUCCGAUUUUCAGAAUCUUCGACUGCAUCAUGAACUUCAAGAAGGAGGAGACCGCCAAGCUUAUUGAGAAGCUUGAGAUCAAGCUCGCUGGUGACGAGAAGGAUCUCGAGGGCAAGCAGCUCCUCAAAGUGGUUAUGCGCAAGUUCCUUCCGGCCGCUGAUGCGCUGAUGGAGAUGAUGAUUCUCCACCUACCCUCCCCUGCGGUUGCCCAGAAGUACCGCAUGGAGACUCUCUACGAGGGCCCGCCUGACGACGAGUCUGCCAUCGGUAUUCGCGACUGCGACCCCAAGGGACCGCUCAUGUGCUACGUGUCGAAGAUGGUACCGACUUCGGACAAGGGUCGUUUCUACGCCUUUGGCCGUGUCUUCUCUGGUACUGCCAAGUCUGGUAUGAAGGUUCGCAUUCAAGGCCCGAACUACACACCCGGCAAGAAGGAAGACAUGUUCAUGAAGAGCAUCCAGCGUACCGUACUCAUGAUGGGCAGAGUCACUGAGCCCAUCGAGGAUGUCCCAGCUGGCAACAUUCUCGGCCUCGUCGGCAUUGACCAGUUCCUGCUCAAGUCUGGUACCCUCACCACCUCGGAGACGGCACACAACCUGAAGGUCAUGAAGUUCUCCGUCUCGCCUGUCGUGCAGCGCUCUGUCGAAGUCAAGAACGCCAACGACUUGCCUAAGCUCGUGGAAGGUCUCAAGCGUCUGUCCAAAUCCGAUCCUUGCGUGCUGGUCAUGAUUACCGACUCUGGAGAGCACGUUGUUGCCGGUGCCGGUGAGCUGCAUCUCGAAAUCUGCCUGAAGGAUCUCGAGGAAGACCACGCUGGUGUCCCACUCCGCAUCUCCGACCCUGUCGUGCAGUACCGUGAGACGGUUAGCGGCGAUUCCAGGAUGACCGCGCUGUCAAAGUCGCCCAACAAGCACAACCGCCUCUACGUCACCGCCACGCCACUUGCUGAGGAGGUCGCCAAGGACAUCGAAUCCGGCAAGAUCAAUCCGCGCGACGACUUCAAGGCUCGUGCACGUAUCCUCGCUGAUGACCAUGGCUGGGAUAUCACCGAUGCGCGCAAGAUCUGGUGUUUCGGCCCAGACACGAACGGUGCCAACUUGCUUGUUGACCAGACUAAGGCCGUGCAGUACCUCAACGAAAUCAAGGAUUCCGUCGUCUCCGGUUUCCAGUGGGCAACCAAGGAAGGACCAGUGGCCGAAGAACCCAUGCGCAGUGUCCGCUUCAACAUUAUGGAUGUUACGCUCCACGCUGAUGCCAUUCACCGUGGUGGUGGGCAGAUCAUCCCAACCGCGCGUCGCGUGCUCUACGCCGCCACCCUUCUUGCCGACCCAGGUCUCAUGGAGCCCGUCUUCUUGGUUGAAAUCCAAGUCCCCGAGCAAGCCAUGGGCGGUAUCUACGGCGUCCUGACCCGCAGACGUGGCCAUGUGUUCGAGGAAGCGCAGCGACCAGGUACUCCCCUGUUCAACGUCAAGGCCUACCUGCCCGUCAACGAGUCGUUCGGUUUCAACGCCGACCUACGCUCUGCUACGUCUGGCCAGGCCUUCCCUCAGAUGGUGUUCGACCACUGGCAGAUUCUGCCCGGUGGCAGCCCGCUGGACAAGACUACAAUGCCGGGCAAGAUUGUGGAGGACAUGCGGAAGCGGAAGGGUAUCAAGCCGGAAGUGCCGGGCUACGAGAACUACUAUGACAAGUUGUAA